GUUCUGAGGAGGACUCAUUUUUGACGAGAAGGUCAAUGGAGCAUCGCUGCCCAUAGGCUUCAUGUGGACUAUUUGCGUUCUAAUCUUUCUUAUAACUUCACUAUGUCCUACCCGCAGCGCUCACAUACUCGGGUCGACCUUAAAACCCACCCUCGGGAAAGAAAACGAGGACAUACGACUCUUGGAUAUCGUCUUACUUGCCUCCGUCAAUCGCACCUCCGGCCACAAGCUCUGGUCCAUGUCGUCUGCUGGUGGAGACGUUCCAUCGAACCUGUCGCCACUUGUUCGUACGAAGCACGUGGAAGUCGACCCAGACAUUACGGACGACGACAGCGCUCACCAGGAAUCUCUACGAGACGUAUAUGUCAUGGCAACGCCAACAAGCCCUCUCCAACCUCUUUCAUUCUCCAUGGCCCAGUUAGUCGAACUGUCUCCUCUCAAAUUUGCGAGGGAAGAUGAUGAGAGGGCCUUUGUCGGAAAGAAGGAAACCUCAUUGCUGUCUAUAGAGUUGGAGACAGGUCGAACGACAUUGACCUUGGAUGAACUGGAGGAUUAUACCUCACACAAUGAGCCGCCCAGGCCAACUCGAGUCUUUAUUGGACGCACAGACUACCAUGUUUCUAUAUACACACGAUCAUCCUCCCCAUCUGGCCGAAAGCCACCAGUUCAGAAUCUGUCAUUUUCCGCUUAUGGCCCCAAUAACCAAGAUAAUGAUAUGCAAACCAAAUACCGACGCACCUCAGACAACACUUACAUCCAUUCUCUACCCAACGGAAAUGUUUUCUCUUUCAAGGCUACCGAAAUCGACUCUAACGACCCAUACCACCUGCGGCAGCCUCAAAUAUUGUGGGUUCUGUCUCUCGACAGCCCUAUUGUUGCAGUCUGUGACGAUGCCUUCGUCCUAAUGCAACCCCGUCCUCCAAUUACGGAUGUUCUGCUAUUUGGUGACAUCUCUAUCGCACAACUCGAAAGUUUCUACAAUCCGGACACGGCAUAUGUAGGAUUGGUCUCGGGGACAGGCUCACUCUUCAUGAUGAGCAACGAUCAUUACCCUCUUAUAGGAUUUGGGGACACCGAGUACAGUCCCAACUGGCCUCUUCUUGACUCUGGCCCAUCCUCUAACUCUGAGGGAGAUCUCCCAGAUAAUAUCGAUUCAGAAUCGCCCUUUGAUGCUAGGUGUUUAACUGGCAAACGGCGGCUCGAUCUUUCUGGCCUAAGUAGCCGUCAAGCUUGGCGGUGCUCCCUCUAUACCGGAAGGAACAUCGUUACGGGAUCUGAGGAAGCCCGUGCCAGUGGUGUUGAUGACAUCGCCUCCCUUACCCCGAAUUUGAAUUCGAUCCAGGAUACGAAGGGUUUUCGGGACGGUUUCAAUUUCAAGCUCCCAGCUCUCGGCUCAAUGUUGCUUGCUAUUAUGUUAGGCGCCAUAUGGGUCCUCAAGGAGAAACUACCAAGCAACCGUUUUGCCGGGUUUGCUCCGACACUUCAACCAAAAGGGACCGUCGAUGCUGAUGGACCUGUUUCACCCUUCCCCCCCGCCGAUUAUCCUUCACUCACGCCCGAAACACCACCGCCACACAAUGGGGCCGCGGAAUCCUUUGCUCCACCUCAAGUCUCACUCAGUGCCACAGAUACGCCUGCACCCUCCGCAGUCUUCACUACGCAGCGACGGCAAAGCGUGCACUUUGCAGAGCUUCCUGAAGUCCAGGAUAUUCCCGACAACGCAGCAGGUGUAGCCACCGAGACAGGGGAAGAGAGUGAGAAGGAAGGUGAUGCAGGGGGCACGCCGAAGAAGAGGAAAGCACCAAGACGUCGAAGAGGCAAAAAGGGUAAGGGCAACCAGUCAUCCGCCAACGGACCUGCCGACGACGGGGGUGCGCCGGAAAGGGAUGAAGGUAAUGGGAACGCCGUAGAAGAAAACAAGGCAAACAAUUACUCGGGACAGCCUCCGAUUUCUCUAGUAGUCCCUUCGACUCCUAACCCGGUCACUUCUUCACUUGUUGUGUCUGAUGCCGUCCUUGGUUUUGGCUCUCAUGGAACUGUCGUGUUUCGUGGCUCGCUGCAGGGACGUCCAGUUGCUGUCAAGCGGCUCCUACAAGACUUCGUUACCUUGGCUUCUCGCGAAGUCAGCAUCCUCCAGGAAUCAGACGAUCACCCCAACGUCGUACGCUACUAUUACCAGGAAGCGCAGGCGAACUUUCUGUAUAUUGCCCUCGAAUUGUGCCCUGCAACCCUCGCGGAUGUCAUCGAGAACCCUGAUCAACACCACGACAUUGUAGUUCACUUUGAUCCAAAACGUGCUCUACGACAGAUUACCUCCGGUUUGCGCCAUCUGCAUUCACUAAAGAUUGUCCACCGUGAUAUCAAGCCUCAGAAUAUCCUGAUUUCUGGGCCAAAACAAGGCACCUCGAGCAAAGAUGGGGGACGGCGCAUGUUGAUAUCAGACUUCGGACUGUGCAAGAAGCUGGAUGUGGAUCAGACCAGCUUCCUACCGACUGCACAAGGGGCGCAGGCUGCUGGCACAGUGGGAUGGCGUGCUCCAGAGAUUCUCAGGGGGGAGGUGAAACUCGAUGACUCUGCUGACGAUACGUCGCAGUCUUCCCGAGGCAGUGUCAAUACUAUAGUCGGUGGUUCGAGUUCAGGGAAGACGAAACUUACGAAAUCCGUGGAUAUAUUCUCACUCGGAUGCCUCUUCUACUACGUCCUCACCAACGGUUCUCACCCAUUUGGUGACCGCUUUGAGCGGGAGGUGAAUAUCAUUAAAAAUGUCAAAAACCUUGACGGGUUAGACCACUUUGGAGAAGAGGGCACGGAGGCCGUUGAUUUGAUUACUAAGAUGUUGGAUCCAGAUGCUUGCAACAGACCAAAUACUACCAGAUGUCUCCUUCAUCCGUUCUUUUGGGAUCCAGGCAGGCGGCUCCACUUCCUUCAAGACGCCUCUGACCGCUUCGAGAUCAUGUGUCGCGAUCCACGAGAUCAGAAUCUCGUCAAGCUCGAGACGAAUGCGCUUGACAUCGUGGGACAGGACUGGCACUCCAGACUGGACAAGGUCUUCAUCGAGACCCUUGGUAAGUUCAGAAAAGACUUGCUUCGUGCGUUACGCAAUAAGGUUGGUCGUCCUCAUUCAUUUCACACAUCCAUUCAAGUUUCUCCAUCCUAUCUCUGCUUAGUCUGACGUGAUCGCUAAUCUUGGUUCUCCCGCGCGUUGUAGAAGCACCACUAUCAAGACUUACCUGAGAACGUAAAGCGCCAUCUGGGACCCAUGCCUGAAGGUUUCCUCGCAUACUUCACACGCCGGUUCCCUCGUCUCUUCAUGCACGUUCAUGGCGUUAUAUCGGAGACACCACUCUGCACUGAAUCCAUCUUUCGGACAUACUUUGAGCUUAACGAAUGAUGGAUUGGAAUGUGAACCAUAUUCUUCAUACCUCUCCCUCCCAAGUUACACUUCGCAGCAUAUCCACUUCGGAGCGACAUUCUGUGUGAUUUCUUGCAUUUUGCGGUCCUCUUUUACUUGUACCUUGUUGUCUGUUAAAUGCACUGGUGUAUUUGUACGCUUGUAAGAUCUACAUUAUUUUUUCCAAUGGAUAUUUUAUAAACAGCCAAUCCUUCCCGUGAAAGUCGUUGGCGAAACCAAGUAUCUUCGAUGGGGGGAGGGGGGGCAAGAAAGUAGUACCU